AUGUCAAGUCCUCGUUUGACCCUUAUUUCCCUCCUCACGUCGUCCAUGCUCACGCUCCUUCCGAUCCUCUUCGCCGUCCCGACCGCAGGCCGACCUUCGUUUGAAAUCUUUAAUGGUCCUGCUCCUCCGCCCGACGAGGGUCCGCCGCUCUCAGCGUCUGCAGUCCGGGAUCUAAGCCUGCUUUGGCGCGAGAUUGUUGCUAUUAUUGGAGCUUACCUUUUUAUUGUCUUUGUGUUCCUCGGCUGCCUGCUUACUGUGGGAAGACGCCUUCGGCGAAGUGCACAGCAGUCGAAUCGGACACUGGAGAUGGAAAUGCUGAAGCCGCUCGCACCGGCAGCGAACAACAUCUCGCUCCAAGUUCCUCAGUCGCCGCAAAACACCUGGCCGAGCCCAAUGAGCGGAACAGAAUCUCAUGAGUGGCCCAGUCCACAAAAGUCCAAAGCUCGAUCCUUUAGUUUGCCCUGGUCGAAAGGACAAGUUCCCAUCUCGAGAACCGAUAGCGUGUCGACGGUGGACGAGAAUGUCGUUCGAGCGGAUCGGAUGAGAGCCCAGGAAGAGAUGGAACGACUAUAUGCUGCCGUGAUGGAACACGACGAAGCCAAGUCAAACGGUGGCACCUCGCCUGCAAAGUCACCUCGUCAGACUCGCUCUCCUUUUGAGGCUCCACCUGAUUUCAGGCAGCUCAGACAGCGCCAGCAAUCGCUGCAGUCUCUCUCACCUGUGUCGCCGAUGUCACCACUGUCCCGAGAACUUCCCUCGCCUGUUUACCCUGAACCUCAAUCUGCACGUAUGCAAGAAAGGCAUCAGCAGCUCCAGCUUCAACUACAGCCGCAGUCGCCACAAUUCUCCUACCAGGAAACCCCCGAAUGGUCUCCGACUUCGCCUCGCAGUGAUAAACCAUCUAGACUUUCCGCCCUCUCCUUCUUGAGCUCGAAGAGCUCCAAGUCUCGUGGUCCUAAAAAGCUCCGCAGAGAAUCAGUUCGAAAUCUCCCAAUCUCUCCGCCAAUUUUAUCACCAGAAGCUGUGUCGCCAGGCUUUUCUGAGACCCAGCCCCUUUCGCCACGCAUCUAUCACCCAGGACCUCCACCACUCAAUCCUCUACAGCAACAGCAAAAGCAGCAAUUAAAGGUGAUGUCCAGAACCCCGCAACUUCGCAAUCCAUCCGUGGACACCAAUUUUAGCGGGCCUCCACACUUGCACCUACGUAGUGCAGGAAGUAGCACUUCCACCCUUCCGUUUCGUGUAGCGUUCGAUAACGGACCCAUGAGCGCUCCGCUGACAAAAACAACCCUCGUCGAAAGACGAGAAAGUAUUCUUGGCCCCCUGGGCCCCAGAACAGGCAUCCCUAGGACGCCGUACAGUCCAUACAUGCCUUUUACCCCUAUUACCCCGUUGACCCCGAGUCGUAUGAUUACGCGUGAGGAGCGGAAGCAAAUGAAGAAGAAAAAUGGGGUGUCUGUACAAACAGAAAAUGAUCUAGUAAUGAGCGAUGAAGAGAUGUGGUCCUAA